CAACUAGCUCCGACUUUCCACCUUUACCACCGACCACCGUGACAAAAAUCGGAAACGUCGAGCAGCCUUCCUUGGCAGUGAGCUGCACCACCUCCUACGGUAUCAACGUCGUUCGACUUCGUGCCCACGGGCCUUGUUAGAUUCGACCGCAUUGCUCCUGAUAUCAGUUGAUGGCAGCAGCAUUUACGGCGUCUCUUGCAAACCAACUGAACCAAGUACCCGAGGACGUUGAGGGAGGCGUAGCACAGACGCAAUCUCACCGAGGCACGGACACCGCCGGACACGAGUUUGACAUGCAAAUUCUCCGACCAUCACAUCCCCAGCCGCUUGCAUCAGAAUCUCACCCACCUGUUUCUGCUGCUGUGCCACGUUUAUCCGCUUCUGCCACCCGUCAAAGGCCCGUUUCCAUGCCCCCUCAGGCAUAUAAUAUCGCCUCGGUGGCUCCUGCGAACGGUUCGAACACUGGGAGCACCUCGGACGCAAAGGAUCAUCGGACGCAUACGGCAGGUGAAGAAAGACGGAGAGAUGGAAGUCGCAGCAAUGGCAUCUCAAAUCGGACGCAGAGGCGUAUUCUCGGAGACUAUACCCUCACCAAGACACUGGGUGCUGGCAGUAUGGGCAAGGUCAAGCUUGCAACGCACAAUUUGACUGGGGAACAAAUGGCCGUGAAAAUUCUUCCAAGAGUUAACCCUGCAGCUACCCAACACAGCACCAGCGCUACUCCGGACUCCAUUGCACGGCAAGCCUCGAAAGAUGCUUCAAAAGAAAUCCGAACACUUCGCGAAGCUGCUCUAUCUAUGUUACUCCACCAUCCAUAUGUCUGCGGUAUGCGUGAGAUGAUUACUCAUGCGAACCACUACUACAUGGUCUUCGAGUAUGUCAACGGUGGCCAGAUGCUCGAUUAUAUCAUCAGUCACGGCCGCCUGCGGGAAAGAGUGGCGAGGAAGUUUGCCCGGCAGAUAGGAAGCGCUUUGGACUAUUGCCAUCGGAAUAACGUCGUUCAUAGAGAUCUCAAAAUCGAAAAUAUUCUCAUUUCACAAACCGGUAACAUCAAAAUCAUUGACUUCGGUUUAUCCAACCUCUAUGAUCCGGUAGCACAUCUGUCCACAUUUUGUGGGUCCCUUUACUUUGCCGCCCCUGAACUCCUCAAUGCGAAAGUCUACACCGGCCCGGAAGUCGACGUCUGGAGUUUCGGCGUUGUACUCUAUGUCCUCGUCUGUGGAAAGGUGCCCUUCGAUGACCAGAGCAUGCCUGCUCUUCAUGCGAAGAUAAAACGGGGUUUGGUGGAAUACCCGGUGUGGCUCAGCUCAGAAUGCCGGAGUCUCCUAUCUCGAAUGCUGGUCACGAAUCCCGCAGCACGCGCGCCUCUGUCCGAGGUCCUCAGCCAUCCAUGGAUGGUACGAGGCUUCAGUGGACCUCCCGAAAAUCACCUACUCCACCGCGAGCCUCUCCGUGCGGACGAACUUGACCGUCAAGUCAUUCAGGGCAUGAAGGGUUUCGAAUUUGGCACUGAGCAGGACAUUGAAAAGAAUCUCGUCACCAUCCUUGAGUCCGAAUCGUAUAUCCGAGCCGUCCAGUAUUGGGAACGUAAGCGUAGUGGCGGUGUGAAUGGAAAUGGAACAAUGGGGCGGUGGGGCGAUUCAAUAUCCAAUUCGAGUCUCGCAAUAUCGCUGGAUAAGGCUGAACCCCCGACGCCUUCCAAGAAGUCUCGAAGAUUUUCUGGUUUUGAUUUUUACCGGAGAAAGCUGUUUUCGCCAUCCUCGUCUCCUCCUUCUAGUCCCCUCAGUCAAUCUCCCCCAGGUUCGCAAAGCCAUCUCUCCCAUGCAUCGUUACUAGAUCCUAACCGAGAGCCGUUGGACCCAACGAAAGGCUUCCACCCCUUGAUAUCAAUGUACUACCUCUCUAGGGAGAAAAUUGAACGGGAACGUGUCUACGGUCCCGGUCAGUUCGCCAGUUCACAAACAUCGAUACAAGACCCUCGUUCAACCGCUGCCACCAGUAGCACCCUUAUUGUGGAACCUCCUCCUAUACCGGUUUCGAAGAAGGAUACGCCAAAGCGGGAGUCGGCAACAGUUAAGGCCGACUACAGCAUGCCACUUCCUCGCUUACCUGCACCGGAAACGUCCCAUUAUUCAGGGAUGUCCUACGAUACUACGGCAGCCGCUCCGUCGCCUACAUCGCCAAGCUUCCAUCCUCAACCACGUCCCCGCGACUUUGGUCUUCCGCCACCGUCACCUUCAGCACAGAAGAGGGUGGAACUGGAUAAGGCUACCGUCUCAGGUGCCUCCGCACUUCCUCGAGCUCCCCCAGCAAGCACACACAGACGAAGUCAUAGCCUGAGCCAACGGCCGUUGACAGUGUCACGGGGGUGGACGGGCAGGGUCGGGCACGAAGAAGUCGUGGACGAAAACGGAGUUGUUGCGCUGGAACUAUCAAAGAGUGCUGCGCCGCACGUUACGACAUUCGAGGAUGCAGAGGAGGAGAAGAAAGCCCAGGAAGACCGGGAGAAGGAUAGGGACGGUGAGGAGAAAGAAAGGGACCAUCUCUCUAUCUCCGCUGGUGCCACGCUCGUGCGGAAAUUUGGCAGUAUGUUAGUCGGCAAGGGUGACGACUCGAAGCGGCAUGGCGUCGGAAGGCGGGGGACCAUCCUGGCGAGUCUAACAUUAUCGCAGAAGCAAUCCAGACACUCUGAGGACAAGGAGAAAAUUAGUGGUGACGAGAAAAGGAGUGUUGAGCAUAAGAAGAGUGUGGACAGCAAGAAGAGCGAGGAGAUGAACGAGAAAGAACGCGUUUCGACACCCAAGUCUGUCUCUCACAGCCAAAGUCAGCCGGUUGGCAGCCACCGGCGGGCAGCCACUGUGCUGGAGCCGCAAAGCGGUGGAAAACGACAUGAGCGGCGGAGUAGCACUGGUGCUGCAUUGCUUUCGAGCGCAGGGGGGACUAUCGGUCGACGUAGACGCCCUUCACUAGGUGGCCCUCGACAAGCGGCGGAGAAACUUUUCUCGAAGACUGAUGAAGAGGGCGAGGGAGAGGAGAACGAGAUACGGACUGCUCCCAUUCCCAGUGAUGACGACCGUCCGAAUGAUGUCCCUACAAAUGAUAAGGAUUUCAAGCCAUUGUUUUUGAAAGGUCUUUUUAGUGUCGCGACGACAUCUACAAAAUCUCCUUCGGCCAUCAAGGCUGAUAUAAGACGCGUUCUGGACCGGAUGCAAGUACAGUAUCGAGAGACGAAAGGGGGAUUCGAGUGCCUUCAUUUGCCGUCGAUUGAUAUGUCCUCUGUGGACCCGUCACCGAAGACGGGCGAGCCACGUCCUUCUAUCGUCAAGAAGGCGUCGAAACUGUCUUUUGGUGUGAAGAAAAAGGACCGAGAGCCUUCGAUGGAAACGCCUGGCCGACCGUCGGGGACGACGACGUUAACGACACCGAGUCGAUCGUCAUCCUUCCUCAACGUUUCCUCCACUGGGAAUAACACGGUCGUUCCUGCGUCGCCCUCUGUAGAGAUCGAAGUGUCCCCCCCGAGUCCUCCCGCGGCAGAUGUGAAGUCUAAAGUGCUUCCUCCGAUACCGCGGGACUUUGCGCCUGGGGCGCGGAGUGCAAGUCCGCUUCCGGUGGCUGAACAAGAUGUGUUCGAGACCAUGGGGAACAACUCACUCUGCGUGCGCUUCGAGAUAAAUAUCGUCAAGGUUCCUUGGUUGCCAUUGCAUGGUAUACAAUUUCGAAGAGCAAGCGGUGAUGGAUGGCAGUACCAGAUGCUUGCUAGACGGGUGCUUACGGAGCUGAAGUUAUGAUGAUAUAUGAACAAGCUAUGUUUCUGGUUAUUUUCUGGGCGUGUAUUUUCGUUCUUUCAUAGUUAUUAUGGCAAUGUUCCUUUCUUUGUUAAUCUGCUCAUUAUUUAUACAUAUCAUUCAGGUCACCUUGUACGACGGUAUAAUGUGUGGUAGGAUUAUUUACCUUUUUCAAAACAAAUAUCCCAUGGAACUUCUUUUCCCAAAUACCCCCACAUGUAUAUGUGAUGAUCAAAUGGCGGUAGGGACGUCAAUUUAUUCGUGUCGACUGACAG